AUGCUUUUCAAAUUCAUUGAGUAUUUUUUCUUUCGAAGCUCGUUGGACUAUGCGGUGACCUGGUUUGAAGUGUUGAAUCAAGUGGCGAAGAUCAAUCUUUUCGAUAGUAGUGAGGUCGUAGUCGGGCGUCAUGAAAUGAGUAAGGUGAUGAGGCAAUUAAUUUACACUUCAUUUUGUUUAAGCUACAAUCAAUUGACUUCACCGCCAGACCGACUGAAUCGCCAUGAGGACGAUGCCAACGUUCUUGAUAAACAAGAAGAUUUGGGACCUGGUAUGGAACUCGAUAAUCAAAUUACUGCAUUAGAAAACCAUCCGGCUUCUCACGAGGAAAAUACAAUGAUGUUUGACGAACCAGAGGGUCUCAGUUCUGAUAUGAAACUCGAUGAAGCUACUACAUCAGCAGAACAUCCGACUUCCUAUGUGGUAGAUACGAUCCCAGUCUUGGCGGAAUCUGAGGAAUCCAAUUUGGAACAUCUUGGUCCACUCAAUAUGGAAAAGCCCACCGAUGCCACAUCUAUCACCCAUCCUAUGCCACUUGACGCUCCAAGCCUGAACCAACAAAUGAUUGAUUCAACCAGCCAACACCAUACAAACGCACUCACUGAUUCUACCUCAUCAACCAUGGAUACCGACUCACCUGGCCCCCCAACAAAUAUAACCCCCUCGAAACGUAUUCUCAGUGCUAGCAAAACUAAUUCAGAAUGUACUACUUUUGCAACAAAUUCAAAACAUUGCUCUAACUGGUGUCGUCGUUAUACUAAAAAUGAAGAUCUAUCCCACAUUAACCAGCACGAUCCCAUGCAACACCAUUGUACCCGCGAUUCUGAGUCCACGAUCCCUGCGCAAUCAACUUCUCAUGAGUCCACGAUCCCUACGCAAUCAACUUCUCAUGAGUCCACGAUCCCUGCGCAAUCAACUUCUCAUGAGUCCACGAUCCCUGCGCAAUCAACUUCUCAGAAUCCAUACAAUCAAAGCUACACUCCUCAAGGCGGCGACUCUAAUCCCCGCAUGGGAUUUCACCAAUUCAACCCUACUCUGACUAAUACCCCGGCAUAUUCUGGUCCACAAGCAUUUGGCUGGCAUCCACAGCAGCUUCCAGUUUAUCCUAUCUCGAUGGGCCUCGGAGCAACUUAUCCAAAUAUGCCUGUUAUUCAGACCACUCCCAUUUCACACCCACAAGGCUCCGGGACACCCUUCAUUUUAUUUCCGCCAUCAUCUAAUUUCAAUCCAUACACUCAGAACAUGCCGCCUCAUCUUGCCUCCGAAGUUGCAACCAGUCACCCACCUUUCAACUUACCAAGACCAACUGAGAACAUAAGCAACCCUUCAGAAAUCAACAUGAGCAACCCGUCACAUACCUCAACAACAUCUGCAACUCUUGACCUUGGAGAUUCAACACGUCACACAACUGCCAAUUCAGGUGACCCUUCACGCACCUCAAUUCAACGCCAGUCAAGCACCUCAACCCGUCAGCAGUCAUCAUCAGCUUCAGGACGCUCUCUAGAGGUACCUCAAUCCACAUCACAGCGCUCACACUCUCCAGCUCAUAGCUUGACUGAUGAUCGACCAUCACAACUAUUCAGAGAAUCAUCACACUCACGAAGCUCAUCAUCUCACUCAUCACAACGUACAACAACCUCUGCACGUCGCGAUCGGUCUACACGAGCCUCUGGAGAAGCCUCAACAUCACGACGAAGCCCUUCACCUUCACCAGAACGAUCUGAUGUGUCAUCUAGUGAAGAAUCUGAUGAAUCUAACAGCGGCUCCGAAAGCGACCUCGAUGUGCAUCAAAGACAACACUAUCAGCGUCAAGCAGCCCAUUCUCGUUCUAAGAUUACCAAAUCACGACGCGAUGGUGUUCGGUUUGAGAAGCUCACUGAAGAUCAAGGGCCUUCCAAAAAUGAGCAGCUAUCAAUUUGUAUUCAGGAUUACUGUAAACUUCUUCUAGGUGUCACACGUAAAGUUCGGGGUCAAAGGAGAACAUCAACACUUCCCAGCCCACCAUCUGAAACGGAAAUUAGCAAAUGGGAGAAACGCAAGAAGGAUCGGAAGACAAGCAUUGCAGAACGUAUCAAGAAAGAACGAGAAAGGUUUUUAAAGUACAACCCGGCCCCUAAACGCGCGGAGCUGAAAUUGAUUGAAGAAGAAGCGACCAAAAAAGCUGUUCAAAAACUCAAACCGGCAAUCUUUACUUCGCGUGUUUCCUCUCGAAACUCUACCAAAUUCUCAACCACCACAUCAAAUAAGGAGAACGAUCCGGGUUACAACUCCAUGAACGAUGUUGAUGAUGAUAAAGAGGCAAGGGAUAAGAUUAGCCGGGCUAACUCAAGGAAGCGUGUAUCUACACUUCGAGCUGAAACCUUCAAGAAGUAUUUUCCAGACGAACGCCAACUACAUCUCAUCAUUUUGGAUUCCAGGGUUCACUCUGAGGAUGAACUCGAUAAAGACAACCACCAAUUUCGACGGAAGCUGCCUUGGAGGAAGGAGGAUUUUGACACUUUACUCAAUUUGCUUGGUGAGCUAUGCAUUCACUUGAGAAUGGAUCCUCGGGGUGAAAGUAUUGCGACCAAAGCUUUACGCCGAGGAGAUCAUGUCGAGAUGAGUGAAGAGGACAAAAGUAGAUCGUUCCCUCCAAAGAAGUUACCGAGAUCUUUGGUGAGGGACGAUUAUGUAACGAAGUACCUCACAAUGGCUCGACAGUCGGAACUUGCGUUAUCACCAGAUGAGUUUGAUCUUAAGGACAUGAUUGCCAAGUUGAGACGGCAGAUGUCAUGA